UGACGUCAUGUGUUUCUAGCGUAGUGUUGACUGUAGUGUUGCCGCUUGUGUUCCCGGGCGAUCCCCCGGGAUGUCAUAGAGCUGGAGCCGGGCUGUACAGCGGGUACACGGGAUCAGGUACUGACCCGGCUACAGGAGAUUACCGAUAUGGUGUAAGAACAUGGACGUCUCUCUUGAAGUUCUUCUGUCGAGCAGCAUUAAGAGGAAAAAGCCUUGUCCCAGGCUCUGCUGGUUGGGGCAGGAGAAGGAAGCUGUUUACCUUGUGGAUGAACGACAGGUUAGCGAGAUCAAGCUGCGGUCCGGCAAUGUGAAGAAGACCUUGCUGAAGAAGAAGAGCAAUAUAGUGACCCUCGCUACUUCAGAUAAUGGAGCCUGGUUGGCCACUCUGCACCUUUCGGGGGAGAUGUCUCUGUGGAAUAAAGAUACGGACGGUCUGCAGGUCGUUCCAGCAAAUGACGGGAUCUCUGGAGAAAUUGCUUCCACUCAAGGACGCUCAGAGAAGUUGCAUCUUUACGUGAGUGACGAUGGAAGAAGAGUUCUUUUGGUAGCUCACACUGGCUCUGUCUACCUGUGGGAGAACACAGAGGAAAAGCCACAGGUUAUGUCCCAGAAGAAACGGGUCCUGCCGUGUCGAUGGAGUAAGAUAGAACAAAGUGAGAGCACUGUGUUUCCCGGUGUGACGGAUAAAGAGGCGACAGUUCAUGCCAUCUUCAUCAAGAAUGAGGUGUUGGGUGACAGCUGCCUGUGCACAUUUGUCUUCUAUUCUGGAUCCCGGCUUGUGAUGACGUUCCUGGCUCUACGAUGGUUUGAGAAAGAUCAGAAGUUACACAGUGUGGCCCCGUACCAUGUUCACUGGACACAACAGGACUGCUCUGUUCUCAGCGUGGCCCCAUCCUGUGCCCCGCUGAAGUCCAGAGGCUCCCUGCUGGCUCGCUUCUCCAGAGAUGGAUUGAUCCUAACCUUGGCAUUGAACCAGAAAGAUCCUAAGGAGACCUGCGUCCUCUUUAUCAACACAAUGAACUUUGUGACCACAUGUGGCAGCUUAAGGGGCUGCGGCAGUAGGGAUCAGCAGAUCCCAUCAAGGUUACUCAGGUCUUACUGGGUGGCAGACAUGUCCUGGACUGCAGAUAGUCUCUUCCUAGCCUGUAUACUAAAGAGAGGGUCUCUGCUCCUGUUGACUCGUAUGGGUGGACUCCUGACUCUGACAACCUUCGGGUGCAGUGUUGAAUUUGGGCCAGCAGAGUUUAUCCCACUUCAUCCAUUCAUUACAUACAGGCCACAUGUGCCGAUCCCAGAAGCCUCUAAUCCCAACGACUCGCUGGGGUCCGUCACAUCAGAAGCAGAUCUCAUGAGACAGAGGUAUUCUGUGACGUGCCAUCCGCGCCUGUCCUACAUCAUGGUGUCUGACGGAUAUAUGGUGACCAUGCUGCGCGUUGCAGAAAAUCUGUCUCCGCAGAAGUUCAUGAAGGCUUUACUGCUGGACACAGCCCAGAGACUGGAGAAUGUGCGACAGCAGCUUCACAUAGUAAAGUCUAAAACAAAUGGGCCCAGUCUGAGGACCCUCUCUUCAUUAAAAGCCCCAUUAUUAAAAGACUCUUGGACAACGCCGUCUUCCACGUCACAUGUGCCGAGCUUUCUACAAGAGGAGGAGGAAAUGUGUGGACAGCUGGAAAAGUUGCUAGCGCAGGAGGAGAGUGAGCAGUCAGAUGAUCAGCAGUACAUCGCUCCUGCGGAUGGGACGUACAGCAGAGCAGAGCAUGGCAGACUUGAGUUUGCUUCCAUGUUUGACACCAUCCAUGCCAGUGACCAAUACCCAGCCAAGAGUGAUGUCCUCAGUGAGCUGCUGCGCAUACGGAGGACUAUACUAAUGGCAUGGGCAGUAGGGGUGUCCAUGGGUGGUGUGGCACACACGGGUGCCUUGUUACACUACACAGUCGGCUGCCUGACUCACUUCUUGUCCAUUCUUCAAAAUCCAAAGUGCCCAAUGCUGAAACCGGAUAAACCUUCCAAAAAGAAAGCCAGAGGCGACCCCUGGACGUCGUAUGUUUCGGUCUUUCACCAGUGCCUUACUUUGCUGUAUUGGGAUGUGGCUCCCCGACAGACCAUCGGCCACGUAAUAAAACUGACCGCAGAGACGGUCAGGUUGAUCCUCCUCCAGCACCGGCGGCUCUUCUCCAAGAAUCUCCUGGAAAGCUUCUGCUUGGUAAAGAUGGUUUCCCAGAACUUGGCAGCGAUUUAUGCAUCCAGGUUCGAGUCGAUCUCUACAACACCUACGGUGGAUGACACUGCGCAUCUGGACGUUCUGAAGGCUCCAGUGUUCCAAACCAUAAAACAGCCGGUCCUAGUGCCACAUCUUCAGUGUAUUUUUAAGGAACCCCCAAAUUUAGGGCUGGAGAAUAUGAAGUCAGAAAAAAGGUUGGCAUUCCUGUGGCGUCUCCUAUAUCAUCAGACCCUUUUAUACCAGAUGCAAUUAAGAAAGAACAUUUCUCUCCAUCAAUCGAUGCCGUUGGCACCCGAGGUCCAAAAUGAAGAAAAUGCCAUUCGGUUUCUUUUGUGUCACUUACAGUCGGAGCUUCAGAGCGGAGGAGGACAUUUAUCGGGAACCUUAAGUCUUCUUCCUGUCGCUGGGGAAGAAUAUUUCUUGAUGGGAUCUUACAAAGAGGCGGUGGGGGUCUGGAAAAGGGAGUUACAGGAGGCGACGGCUCGAGGAGGAAGGAGAUGUGGGUUACUCCAGACCCGUUAUUACCUGGCAGUUCUCUACUGCCACCUCUAUCACUACAAUCUAAGUGAUGCCCAGGGAAUGUGCGACCAGCUAGUGAAAGAGCUGCUCAUCCGAUCCCAUCUGCUGUGUGAGAAUGAGCAGAGUGUCAAGGAGGGGAUCGCUGCAGGUCAGUGUCUAUCUGCAAAACCUCAGCCUGGUCGCCGGCCGUUGAAGCAGGUGCACCCAGAUGCCGCUCUCGCUGUCAUCCGAUCUAUGGGCAGGUUCAUGGCGGCGUAUUUCACCAACCAGCUGCUGUAUGUGUUUCCUCCACAUAGCGUCUGUGUAUUGGCUCCUCUCUAUGCCCCCACAGACAAGCUUCCUCGUGUCGUCCCUCUUCAGCGCGGCAUAGUCUCCAGUGCGAUAAGAGAUCAGAAUCUGUCUAGUGUCUGGACUGUGGAAUACACUCUUGACCUGCUCCUGGUCGGCGGUCUGAUAUCCGAAGCGGCUUGGCUGGCCGACAAGCUGGGAGAUUGGAAAAUGUCUGUGUCCAUGGCGGUGGUUUAUAAUCUGCACAGGAGCAGCAUCACGGAGGAACAGAAAGAAGAAUUUCCAGCAAUGCCCCUGUGUCUGUCUCCUGCACACGUAUUCCAGGAGAAGCUGCAGUCCUUCCUUGGUCAUCCUCCCAAAUCGGAAGCCGGAAAUAAGAGUAAUGCAUUGCCAAAGCAAUUCACCGAUCCCAUUGAGGAAGAAGAUGCAGAUUUGCUGUUCAGUUCAGUGCAAGAGAUGUUGAAGGCAGCAGUAAUGGCCGAUGCAGAGAUUCUUACUGAAACCCUACAACAACUGACGGAUUCAGCAAAGGAACUAGGCAGAAAGUUCUCUGGUCUAGUGCCGGAUCGCUUGUAUCUCCCUGCACCACCGCUCUACUGUCCACAACCCUCCUCAGUCAGCGAAGAGGACCCCAGCGAUGUGCUCUUUGAAUCGGAGAAACACAACCGUCAGAAGCUCUCCGGCAUCCUCCAGCGCAUUCUCCUGCUAUUCCGCGCAGCGCAUUGUUCUCUACCAGCUGCCCAGUGGUACAUCAAACAGAUUAAGCGAGCAAGAAAAAUCAUGCAAAAGAUUAGAGCAAAAGCUUCUCUGCCUCCUCUUGAUUCACUUCCGGAAAACUUGUUGAAUUACGCCAACAGUCGGACCGUGCUACUUAAGCCUGGACCAAGUGGAGAACGUGUCAAUGACCUGGUAUCUUGCAGUGUAGUAGUCUGUUUCAGAGAGCUGUGUGCCUUGUGCUGGAUGCUUCAUGUGCGGGAACGAUUGUCUAUCAGCUGCAGACAGUACCAGAGAGCGAGAGACAACGGCAAAUUAUUCAAGAGUGCAGAUGAGAUUGAUUCUUGUGUCAUCGAGCACUGUUUCGAUGCUUUGGAGUGGGCAUGUCGCAUGCUGCUGUUCACAAGGGCUACAAAUUGUGAAGAACUGAUCCAAGAUCUCAUACUCAGCCUGAUCAGUGAGCUGCCUCCAGUGAAAAAGGUUGCAGAAAUCAUGGUCAGAGCUUUUCCUAAUCCUGAAGAUGUCCGUGUUCCCUUAAGGGAAAAGUUUCACUCAGUUCAGCAGCGAUUGAGACACUCCAAAAUAAGAGGACUCCACGGUGAGGAGAUGAUGUCUGUCAUUAUCCAUAACAUGCAGAAGGUGCGGAUAAAGACUCUCAAACGUGUUCAGAGAAACAUUGGUUCAGUAGAGAUGCAUUUGUGGGAACCUCCUCUGGAUGAAUCUCUAGAGGAUGAGUCUCGCUGCUAUGACAAGUACUCGCUGGGCACCACAAGUCUCAGCAGGAGCACGCUCACUGACCUGGGGAGGCCACAGAUCUACAGUGACACAGACACUUUAUCUGAUGCAUUGAUGUGUACUGGAGGAGAUGACAGAAUGGGUUCUAGCAUUGCCUUGGAUUCAAAUACUGGAAAUGUAAGCAAAGCAGCCAAAAAGAAAUCAAGGAAAAAAAGAGGAAUGCCCAGGGAGAGUGGUCCAUCUCCUCCUAAAGUUGGCACCUGGGAGUUUGAGUGCAAUGAUGAGGAAUACACAAGGUUUUUAGAUCUGUUCCUCAGUUACCUCCUGGACAGAGAUCUUCAUAGUGGUGAACCAGGGAUCCCUUUCCUCACGUCCUUCUCUUCACAGCUGCGGGAACACGAGCUGAACUCCCUUGUCUUUGACGUUCACACCACCCUGAAGCGCAAGCUGGUGAGAGCCGGGAUAAGAAGCGUUUUUAGCGCUGGAUCCUGCUUUACUUUAAAUGUUGAUAGUUUGCGUGACUCUGUGGGUAUGGAGGGUGAAUUGCCUCAAACACAAGGUGCCGUAGACCCUACCCAUGCCAUGUCCCCUACCAUAAUACUGGGGAAGCCGAUCACCUCCUGUAAGAAAUCCUUUCCCAACAUAUCAAGACGGUCAGUCAGAAGUGGUCUGUUUGGUCUACAAGAUCAUGGACGGAAGAAACUGCAGGACAAUGGUGGCAACCUGACACGAUCCUCCCUGUUGUCUCCUCUUUGGAAUGAGCAGUGUAGCUGUAGAUUAAUCCAAAACAAACACUGCAACCCGAGCGAAGAACUUGGGGAGGAACUACAGGCUAAAUACAGUAAUGAAGCCAAACUGGUGGAAUGGAUGAUCCGGUGGUCUGAGCGGAGGUUGUUCUGGAGUGCGGGCAAAGUGGAACUGCGCCAUGUAGCUGCCACCACUGCAAUCCGGGUCAAGACCUCCUCCGCUGCCUUACUCACUGCAAUAUGGCUGCUGGAGAAGCCUUACCUGGGGAAUAUCUACAUCCAAUAUGCUCCUCCCAGCGAACACAUUGCAGCUCCUGUUUUACCAUCUGAAGUGGCCUCCAAUGUACUGGACAGACCCAGCGGGGCUGUAGAGGAUUUGCAGUCAGAGAGAACUUCCCCCUGUAUCGUACAUGAGCUAGAUGACCCAUCGGAGGAGAAAAGCGCUUCCAUAGCAUUGUCAAAAAUGAGCAGAGUAAGCCGUGAACUAAGUCCGCAGAGGACGUCGGGUCUUCAUGAAAAGUCAAAGGACGAUGCAUCUGUCCUGUGUGACAACCACCAACCAGACCAAACGAGUGUUCUGUCAGAAUCUGAUGACCAAGGAGAAGAAGAAAGUGACACCCAAAGAAGCUUGAAGAUUUCCGUCAGUAUCCGUCCUGUACUACGAGAGUCAGAGAACCUGCCUCCUGACUCUACACAUCAAGCUCCAGAACCUGAGGAACCGAAAAUAAGAGAAGUGUCACAAUUAAGGGAACUCCCUGUUCCUUCUGGAUGUACCCCUCCGGCCCCCCAACCCCCUGUUCCUGCUGGAUGUACUCCUCCAGCCCCCCAGCCGGGCCAUUUCCUCCUGCCUCCUGCUCCUACCACUGAUCGGACAGAACCUACUAAUCCUAAUGGAGGCCAAAACCCUCAACUGGUCACCAGCUCCGAAGCCGUCAGACAACUUCUUCAAGACGAAAUGUUUAGACUCCUUCAGCUUCAGCAAAUAAACUUCAUGGGACUAAUGCAAGUGGUGGGGUCGUCGUUCGCAGCUAUGCCAGCGCUGCAGCACGUCCUGGAGCAAACUGCACAGAUCAGGAGUCCAAUGAUGAACCCCAUGGGUGAACGCUCUGCACUGCAGGUUAUUCCUCAGGCUCCAUCACAAAACGAACCUGCAGAACCUGUGCCAGACACACAGCGGGAGAAGGUCGUAGGGCAGACAGACAGCGCAGUCACUGCGGCCGAAAAAACGGCCAGAACGGAGCCGAAUAACAAGGAGAAUCUGCAGAAACUUCCAGAGCUCCACAUUCCUCCCAGCCAGGUUAACACUGAAGGAAAGAUCGCGGCAAGGUUGGGAUUACUAAGCACUGCUCCUCCACAUGGGCUGCCCUUAAUAACGCCUCCAUCCGGACCACACAAGACUCCAUCUCUCAUCAGAUCUCCAGCUACAAAGAACCACAAUGGAUUUCCACUACUGAAACUGCAGUCAGAGCCCCAGAUGUUACCACUGAGACCCCCAGUGAGGGAAGAGUGGGCACCGCUUAGCUCUGCCCCGAGGAUGCCGGCACCUGUAUCCUCCCAUAUAACCCAGCGCAUAGGUGCCGGUGAUGCCAGUAGUACCCCAAAUUGGGCAGAAGCUGUGAGCAGAGGACCCCCAAUACAUCAGUCCAGUUCACAGACAGCCGCUCAGCAGUUCUAUAGGGACAGAGACAGAAAAGGAAAACCGCAAAUCAGUCUUUUUGGCAGUGAACAGAACAAAGUAGGAAUCCCUCUGCUCCACCUGCGCUCAGAUCCAGUGCUCUACGUCCCGGCCGUGAAGAAGCCCAGCACCAAAGCUCCAACGUUGUUGCAUCUUGUACCGGAUCCAUCCACGACUUUACCGCUAACAUUGCUAAAAACCAACUUACCGCAGCGGAUACAGACUGAUGAUCAGAGAAGAGAUCCUGGACAGAAUGUAGAAAAUCGUCUGCAGUCAAAAGCAAACAUCCUGCCUUCUGAGGAAGAGACAAAAGCAGAGGAUAGUAUCAAAAGGAAAAAACGCCGCACUUUAAAGGAGAAGAAGGAGAAGGUGGCGUCUGUUACAUUCCGUCUGGAAGACUCGAUAAUUGCACCUAACAAUCUUGACGAGGUUGCGCGAUCUGAGAUUGUACACCAUGACAAGCAAGAUCUUGAAGAUGGAAGUGAAUUUGCCAUUCCACUCGGCUCCUUUGACUCCUUGUUGUCUCAUGAAAUCCCAGCAGCCCCCAUUUUGUCUAUGGCAGAAUUACAUUAUAUAGCUUCCACAAUGAAGAGACCUCCGGAUAUUCGGGACGCAAGCACCAACACAGAUUCCGCCGCUUCCAAAAACAUUGAAGAGAAAUGUACAGAGAUGGAAGAAUUUCCUGCCGUUCCUCCUGCUCCAGGAUCUAUUCAAUCUCAUAAGCCUCUUAUAGACUCCGGGACAAAGUGUGAAGGAUUUCCUCGCUCUGGCAUGGCCGCUUCAUAUUUGGAUCCAGAAGUGUUGCCAUCCGACAUACAUGAACAGAGGCCUCCAGAGUUAUUCCUAAACCUUCAAUAUCCUCAUGCACAGCAACCAGAGAAGAUGCCCGGUCAUUUUGGGCAUCACAUAGAGGUAGAAGAAUUUCCGGACUCUGAAAGUCACGAUGUCCCAUCACCAGCCGAACUUCAUCUUCUGGCUGCGUCUGUAACUAAUGCGCAACCUUCAGAAUACAUUGAACCUACAGAUUUACUGGAGAGGCCACAUUUGGUGGACUGGGCUCCCGAUGCCGUGGACCGGACUACACACCACGCUCUGUCUUCAGAUCUGACGUCUGUCCCCAUCAGGGAACUAGCUCCUAGAGUAUGGACCCCCCGUGUCAGGAGUACCGGGGCCAUAUCCAGGCUGCAGGAGAUGGACGCCCAGCUACAAGCGCUGCAGAAUAUGGCCGAUGGCAUGGAACUUGAUUUUGCCAACACUAAAUUGUUGGUGAACACAUUAGAGACCCUAACAUCUGCAGUUCAGCCGGACCCUAAAGGUGUCUCCCCUAGAGGUGCAGGAGCCCCCCAGAGAGCGUUGCCAUCAAGUGAUCUAACAUUAGAAGACUUGGCUGAGGAAGAGGAGUAUAACCUGACAAGCCCUGCGAGUAUUGGCUUAAGUGAACACCCCCCGGUAGUGUUAAUAUCUCCCAGACAUGAAGGUGAUUUUAUCACAGCACCUGGACGGUCGAAGGACAUGGAUGAAAGCAGCCUCCAGGAUGCUCUUCAGAUGACCGGCCUCAGUGAUAUUGCUGACAUUCUGGGGGAUCUUGUAGCCGGAGGGGUCUCUGCUUCUGAUCUCGGACUGACACCUGCCCAGGCACAAAAGCUCUCCAGGAUGAAACUCCGGGGGACAUCAAAGAAGACUACAAGCGAGCGGGCAGACCUGUUGCGGUGGAUGAAGAAAAAGCAGAGGGAGCGCCUGGCCGAACACCGGAGGAGGCUGCAGGAGCUUAGGGAGAAGGAGCACAAACCGUUCCAGACGCAGAAGACUGCAAACUCAUCGCUGUCAUCAAAAACACUCCGGGAAGAACAGCAAGUAAAAGAUGAGAGAGAUCGGUCUCUGCUUUUGGAGCAUCACAGUCAUCGGGUGUCGGACGCCAUGGGUCUCAUGCAGGAACUGUUAUCAGAGGCCAAGCAAAUCCCCUCUGCAGUUUACCAGCCUGGCACAUCCAAUGUCUCCUUCUCAAGGCCCUCUCCUAAAGGAGGUCGCGGUGCAGUGCGCAGUGUGUCUACCAACCAAACGAAGCGCAGAUCAUCCUCCCGGGGAGGCACUUCACAUCCGAGGUCCAGGUCUACCCCUGCACAGACACAAAUAAGAGGUACAGCGACAUUUGUGCUUCCAAAGAACAAGUGGGAACCUAAAGUCAGGACCCUCAGUGCACCCAGCUAUUCUGUCCAUAGGAAGUAUGAUCCGUCCCUGCCUGGUGACCGUCUUUCCCAAAUCACACGUCGGGGUAUGCUGCCUACGAGGAGCAGGAUUAAUGUACAAAAUAAAAACACAAAACCUGUUCUGAAAGCCACAGCAAAGCAGACAGACAGACAAGGAAAAAGCAGUAAAGGCACCAGCCCCCUGUCACAGUUUGGUGAAUUCCACCCAGAAGACUAUGAGAGGGACAUUGUGAGCCCUUGGGAGAUCCCUGAUGAAAUCAACAGGAUAUUAAACAGCGAUAGAAACUCCAUCCUGUCUCAGAGGUCUAUGAUGAAUGAGGAAGCUGAUUCCCGAAUCCGUAACCUGGACAAUUCGUCAGACAGCACAGGAAGUAUUCUGAGCAAGCUCGACUGGAAGGCAAUAGAAGACAUGGUGGCCAGCGUUGGCAGUACCCAAAUGUAGCUGGGAAAGGGGAGAGAGAUCUGCACUUUAUUUUAUCCAUUUGAACUUUGUGCCUGAGAAAGCCACACUGGACAAAAUGGAUGCAUUGUGAUCAGUCAGACCAUGACCAGGAGAGUCAUAUGGGGGAAUAAAGAAAAUUGCCAAAACCAACACAGAAAUCAUUAGAAAAUUCCCACUAUAGUCCUUGUAGGAGAUCUAUCGAAACCUGUGCAGAGGAAAAGUUGACCAUAGCAACCAAUCAGAUCGCUUCUUUCGUUUUCAAAAGGCCUCUGAAAAAUAGAAGAAGCGAUCUGAUUGGUUGCUAUGGGCAACUGGUCAACUUUUCCUCGACACAGGUUUUGGUAAAUCUCCUUUGUGUUAGCUUUGGCACUAGGCAUUAUAUCAAUAAUGAGGAGUAUGUGUUUUUGUAUGAUAUGAGGUUUUUGUAAUGUUUUAUUUAUCUAAAAAAUAUUUUAUAUUUUUUACCUUUCUAGUCAGUGAUUUAUAUUAUGUAAAUACUGAAUAUUAUGUAAAUACUGAAUAAAGCAACAGAUUAGCAUUUUCUAUUUGUUCCACUGGCAU